AUGGCGACCUCCGACCACUCCAAAAUAUCGCAGGAUGCUCAAAAAAUCUUUAACUCGGAUCCCAGUCUGUUCCUGCAAGAUAAAACGUUGACAGGACGGGGUAGCCAUUCGCCCUCAAUGAAAGACAAUAAACAGUCCCAGUCCGUAUAUGAGCUAUGGGAAGGGGUACAUCACGGGUUAGAAUGCCAGAAGCCCAUAUUUGACGAUUCUCUACAACGGGGUGGGGAUAUUGAUCCCGCUUUCGUAGAUUUUCGCGGCUCGCAUGAUCGGCGAAAAGCGCAGCGACUGCCUCACCACAGGGAUUUGGGUUUGAAUUCACUAUGCUGCUUAUUUGAUACGACCAGAGGUCUAUAA